AUGUGUGAAGUCUUACUCAGCGUUGAUGGGCGUAGGCUGCCGCCCGUCCGUGACAAGAAGGUGUUUCAGCAAGAGAACGGACCCCAGAGCCCCCCGGCUGCGACGAUUCCCGCCAAGUUUCUCUGCCCCAUCAACCGCUCUCUCAUGCUCGAGCCCAUGUAUUCGGCCGAGACAGAAUUGACGUACGAACACCAAGCAAUCGUGCACGUCGUUCAAGAUGGUGCUGGCGUUUGCCCCGUGACCCAGCGCUCCGUGGAUUUACACAAAUUGGUCCUCAACACAAAGUUGCAACACGAGAUUCGCGCUUUCCAGACGCGUCAAGCGGAAGACGAUGCGGUCCUUGCACCGUAA